CCCCUUUGUACAGUUCACUGAAAUGUAUGCUGGGAAGCUGAAAUAGACACAUAGAGAGACUGCAAAAAUGGCUGCACCAUGAGAAAAAAAACAAAAUCCAUUUACAAUCCAGAGACGGAAGGUUUGCCAGCCGAGCCUUCUAGGGGGCUUAGGAGCUCUCCUGCCACAGGGGGACCCCAAAUCCAGCUCCGGUUUUGAUAUUUGAUUUUUUUCCGUAGCUGGUUGAUCACAGGAGCCGGAGAGAGAGAGAGAGACAGAGAAAGGAAGCAGAGACCAUUCCCCAGCCAGGAGGGCGAGCUAGCCGAGGGAGCUAACCCUUCACAUCCAACAAGUCAAUUAAUGGAUAGAAAUUAUCCGACCGCAGGCUUUGGAGAUCCUCUGGGGGCUGGUACAGGAUGGAGUUACGAAAGGACGGCAAAGGCAAGCUUGGUCUACGGAAGCUCAAGAGGCUCCCACCCGGAGACGGAUAUUUUGCACAGACAGGCGUAUGCAACACCUCACCCCCUUCAGGGAUACGCCACCAACCACCACCCAGCAGGAUUGUCGGGGUUGUUUGAGACUGGCCUUCAUCAUGCCAGUAGUGGAACUCCAGACGCUUCAGUGAUGAAUCUCAUCUCUGCUCUUGAGUCUCGUGGCCCUCAGCCUGGACCAUCCGCUUCCUCCCUUCUCUCUCAGUUCCGCACACCUUCAUGGCAGACAGCCAUGCACACCCCUGCCCCAGCAGAACUCUUUAUAUCUGGAGCCGGUACAUUUCCUUCAUCAUCUGCUCUUUCUGCUUACCAGCAUCCAGCAUCUUUCAGUGGCAGAAGCUUUCCAGUAACAUCUUCACUAACACUUCAAGAUGCCACUUUUAGCCCCACAUCAAACGGACUCCUUUCUCCUCAUGAUCCUCUUCUCCAUAUAAAGUCAUCCCAGUCUUCUGUUCCAUCUUCCCUCAGUUUUGACCGACUUGGCAGCACUGUAUUAGGCACUGGACUACCAUCUCAGAGCUCAGCCUAUCGCAGCGCCCAAGAGUCAGCUUCGCGACACCUUCCAUCCCAAUUCAACCUACUCUCCUCCUCCCUUGGCCCUUCUGAACAAACAUCCCAGCUCUACAAUGCUUCUGUGUUUUCAAGCUCUCCAGCCUCAUCAAUUGAAAGAGCGAUGCCUCGACAAGACAGCGUUAUUAAGCACUACCAGCGGCCCUCUAGCGCCCAGUCCCAGCUACCCUCUGCAGCGGCUGCUGCCCACUCUUUGCAGCAUUAUUUAAGCUGUGGAGGAAGUUACCAGCAAAUGCAACAUCGUUCCAGCUUGUCUUGCAGUCCGCUGGGUGACCAGUCUCCUGUUAGUAGUGAGGGAUCACAGCAGAAAAACUCACAAGCGCGCCAAGAGCAGUCUCAAAGCUACAGACCAAUAAUUCAGUCCCCGGGUUAUUCAACAUCUUCCUCUUCCAACAAGUCCAAAAGCUAUUCAGCUUCUAGGCAGACUCCUCGAUCUACCGCCACUCCAAAGUGCCAAAGCAUUGCAUCCACAGGACAGACACACAACUAUUCCUCAUCAACUCCAAAGCCCAGCUCUGUUAUUGCUAGCCAGUCUCAGGCUUACUCCCCUGGACAACCGCAGAAUCUUCUUUCUAUGUCCCAGUCACAAAACUAUGCUGUAACCCAGUCACAGAACCAUUCAGCUGUCUCUCAGUCACAAGGCUUUACAUCUAGCCAGGCCCAAGAUCUGACCAGUGGGAGCAAAUCACAAAGCUAUACAACUAGCCAGUCUCAAGGCUUGCAGACAUGUGUGAGCCAGAAUCAAACCUAUUCUCCAGAUCAUUUGCAAGGGUUGUCAUCAGUGGGCCAGAUUCCAAGUUACAGUGUCCAAACAGAGUCUCAUGUGUCUGGCAGUCAGGCUCCUAGUUAUGUUCCUGCUCAUUCACAGGGUUUACCAACUGCUAGUCCUUCUCUAAGCUACAGUACUGGCCAUUCUCCAGCCAUGUCUAGCCAUGCCUCGUCUAUUGGGUAUUCUUCAGUCAGUCAUGGACAGAAUCUAUCCGAUUCCAGUCCAUCUCAGAUCAUUCGGCCUCUGCAGUCCCCUUCAUCAAGUCGUUCUCAAAGUGUUGCUUCUCCUGGUCAGUCUCAGAAAUAUUUGACAUCAGUGCUUUCACCGUCGUUCAUGCAGGCCUCUCACUCACAAAGUUAUCAAAACACUCAGCCCAGCCUAGAAAGAACCCCCUCCUACAGCAAACCCAAAUCUGAUUCGGAUCUUCUCUCUACCGAAAGGACAGAUGAUGAAGAUUUCCUCAUUCAGCACCUAUUACAGUCACAAAGCCCCCCUCGAGUUUCCUCUGAAAGUCUUGUGGAAUGUGAGGAAAGAUCUAGUAAAUCAAUGGGCUAUGAGAUGAGCAAAACCGAGGAGAGAUACCAUCUGCAAAGUGUUAUAAGGACUAAUUCAAACUUGGACAACCAAGGCUUAGAAUUAUCUCUUCAGAGUUUAAAAGACAAGAAAAAAACGGAUCGACAUAAGGAAUAUGCGAACACAAGGUCAACUCCAGAAUCUCUGGGAACAUCAGUUGUUCAUUAUAGUCACCAGACCGGUCCCAUGGAUUCCUUCACUCAGGAAAUCAAAAAGUCAGAUCACCUACCACACAUGGACACCUCAAGUAAGGACUUGAACUCUGCACAUUCAUACAUGCAAAAGACUCCUGAGCAUGCAUCACAAGCUCACAGAAUGGUGGCUGAGAGUCAAUCAAUGGAGUCCCACAACAUGCUGCAAAGUCAGCAAGGCACUCCAAUGAUGAUGGAUACCUCUCCUGAUCUACCGCUUUCUCUUACCCACCAGCCGACUACUCAACAGUCACAACUCUUGCAGUCCGUUCUCACUCAUACCCAGAGUCAGCUGCAGGCACACCAGAGAAAAGUACAGACACCCAUGGAUGUACACCUUAUGGAACCGCAGAGGAUGCAAGCUGAAGCACAAUCUCCACAGCUACAGAUGCAGCUGCAGUCACAGGCUCUGGAGGCACAUUUACAGUCGCAACAAAUGCAGGCUCAUGUUCGCUCACAGUCCUUGGAGGUACAUUCUCGAUCCCAGUCAAUAGAGGCACAGUUGAUGGAUUCCCACCAGAUGCAGACAGACCAGCAAUCCCCUCAGCUCCAGGCACAACUCCAGUCUGAGCGCAUGCAAGCAGAAAUGCAGCCUGAGAGGAUGCAGGCAUCGCUUCAGUCUGAAGCCAUGGAAGGACUCCCCCAAAAUGAUGCAAUGCAGGCAUUAUCCCGUCCUCAAGAAAUUCAGGAUUUUUUGGAGCCUGAUCUCAACUUAGAAACACACUUGGGCCAGAGUGGAAAUGUGCAGGGUCAGCAACACCUCAUGCCUGAUGAAGGAGACCCCUUACGUUUAGAUCCAGAGUCCUCCCAACAGGUGCCUCAAGCUCAGAUGGAGCCUAAAGAUCAGUUUGAUAGCCCUAGUCCUCAGGGAUCAAAGCAGCGGUUUGUUCCUUUGACUUCUAUCUGCUUUCCUGAUUCCCUUUUGCAGGAUGAAGAGCGCAGUUUUUUCCCUGGCAUGGAAGAUAUGUUCUGUCCACAACCUUGUGGAAAUGAUGAGUUUCCAAAGUCGAGUUGCAGUGGUGAUGAUGGCUCUCAGAGCAUGGACAGAAAUGAUGCUAUGAAAAAUAGCUAUGAGAUGAUGCAGUCCAGCCAAGGAUAUUCAGGUUAUUGCACCUCUGAAAAUAAUGACAAUCAGCAAAAUAUCCAUCUAGGUCUUGACUCAGUAUCUGUAAAACAUGAGUUACCGUCUACCGUCAACACAGAGCAAUUAGGACUUAUUCAAUCUAGUCAUGGCCAGCAAUCGUCAGAAGUAAAACCUGGCCUAACUUCACCAAUAUUUUGCUCUUCCAAACCCAAAAAACUUCUCAAGACAUCUUCUUUUCAUUUACUGAAGAAGAGAGAACCAUCUUUCCAGCCUCCCAAGAAAAACUAUGCCCAGGAAUAUGAGUUUGAAGAUGAUGAAGACAAGGAAGAUGUCCCUGCAGAUAUCCGAUUAAAUAGUCGUAGAUUACCUGAUCUUCUCCCUGAUCUUAUCUCUAGCUGUCGUACUAGGCCUAACAUUAGCCCUAUGGGUGAUAUUGACUUUUGCCCACCAAGUAUGGAUGGACCAAAGCGACGAGGCCGUAAACCUACAAAACCUAAAAGAGAGGGACCCCCUAGGCCUAGAGGAAGACCGAGGAUCAGACCACUGGUAGAACCUCAUGUAUUAGGGCAUGAUGGUAUCAGAAAGCCACGUGGAAGAGGGAGAGGGAGAGGCAGGAGAAUUACAGAUGAAGGCAGGGAAAGCAUGCCAAUGGAGCCACUGAAACCACUAAAGAUCAAACUGCAGGUGCCAAAAGGGAACGAUACAAUGCAGAUGGAUCAAGCUGAGAUGCUUCCUCCUCCCCAGGAGAAUGCUUUGGACAACAGCCAGACUCGGGAGAAGAUCAAACAGAAGAUCAAAGAGGUAGAAGAAAAGCAACCAGAAAUAAAAUCAGGCUUUAUGGCCUCCUUUUUGGAUUUUUUAAAGUCAGGAAAGAGGCAGCAGCUGCCAACAGCGAACACCAGCCCCUCAAAGAACCGACCACCAUCUGCCCAGCAGCCUUCACAGGCUUCGUUUGGUAUGGCUUCUCAAAUGCUGUCUGGGCCUCUAGACUCAACAGAGAGUGAUAGUUUGGUUAUGAGCUGUACCAGCCCUUGUAAGAGGUUGGAUGAUGAAUUAAAACGGAAUUUGGAGACCCUGCCUUCCUUCUCCUCAGAUGAGGAAGACUCUGUAAGCAAAAACCAAGAUCUGCAAAAGAGCAUCUCUUCAGCCAUCUCUGCUCUCUAUGAUCCAACUGACCGCAAAGAGACAGAAAACACAGCUCCUCCCAUAGUAGAAGAGAAGGUGGCUAGUCCUGUGCCUUCUGAACCUUCAUCACAGCCAGAACCACCAGUUGAAGUUUCACCACCAUCUCCACAAGAAGCUCCAGCUCCUCCACCUCCUGAAGAACCUCCAGCUCAGUCAUCUCCUGAGCAGGAAGAACCAGAAGAUUCCAGACCGCUUCACCUGGCCAAAAAGCAAGAGACAGCUGCUAUCUGUGGAGAGACUGAUGAUGAAGAUGUUGAAAGUAGCGGUGAGGGUAUCUUCCGAGAGCGAGAUGAGUUUGUUAUUCGUGUGGAAGACAUCCAGGCUCUAAAGCUUGCAUUGCAAACUGGGCGGGAGCCACCUCCAAUCUGGCGGGUACAAAAAGCUUUGCUGCAAAAAUUCACUCCUGAAAUCAAAGAUGGACAGCGUCAGUUCUGUGCCACCAGCAACUAUUUGGGAUACUUUGGAGAUGCCAAAAACCGCUACCAGCGACUGUAUGUCAAGUUCCUUGAGAAUAUCAACAAAAAGGACUAUGUGAGAGUAUGUUCUAGAAAGCCUUGGCAUCGUCCCCUCCAGACCAUGAGGAGGCAAAGUCAAACAAAAGCACCAGGAUCUAAAAGUCCAGUGGCUGUGACCAAGCCAGAGAAAUGUGAUAAACCAGAGCGUUUGGUCAAAUUGGAGCCUGUUCAAAGACCUGAAAAAACGGAGGCAGGAGAGAAAACAGAGAGACUGGAAAAGCCGGACAAUGUCGAAGAAGUGGAGAACAUAGAAAAGAAUGAAGCUGUGUGCCAUUCUGAAAAAACAAAUGGAGGUGAAGACCAAGAACAGCAGAACCUUGCAACCAAAGUAAUAAAGGAAGCGCCUACUGUAGAAAUAGAAAAAGAUGAACCAGUGGAAAAGACAGAGCCCUUGAUCCAGAAUGACAAUGAAGCAGUGGCUGAGAAUAGUGAUAUUUGUGAGCCAGCAGUAAAGAAGGAUAAAAUAGGAGUUAUGUUGAAGCCUGAUAAAGCUGAGCCAGUCGUCAAAGCAGAAAAGAGUGAACCUAUGGCAAAACCAGAAAAAACUGAACCUGCAUUGACGCCUGAGAAAGCCGAACCAGUGACAAAAUUGGAAAAAACAGACGUAGCUGGGAAAACUAUAAAAAGCCCGCAUGUGGCACGAUCUGAAAAACAAGAGUUUACUACAAAGCCUGAAAGGAUUUCAUCUGCUGGAAGGCUAGAAACAUUGGAACUAGGUACAAAGGCUGAGAAGGUUACCACAAGUGGUAAGCAAGAGAAGCCAGAACGCAUAACAAAGACAGAAAAGGUUUCCUCUGCUGGAAGAAAAGAAAAAUCUGAACGUAAUCGUAAACCACAAAAAAGCUCUCCAACAGCAAAGCAGGACAAAGUAGAACCUGUUGUUAAGCCUACAGCUUCUGUAAGACAAGAGAAGGUGAACGCUGCAGUCAAAGUGGUGAAAAAUGUAACGGUGGUCAAACCUGAGAAGACAGAACUAAAGCCAGAGACAAAAGUGGAGACAGCUCGAAAAUCUCCUAAGAGUGAAUGUCCUGGAAAACUGCCUUUGCUGACAGAAAAGUCUGUGAAAGAUAAUGCAUUGGAGGCACCAGGCAAGGAUGAAGUGGUAAAGAAGACUGAAAAACCUGAAAUGCCCACUAGAGUGGAGCAGAAUGAAACAUCAAAGAAACAAGCUAAGCCGGAACCAUUGGAACAAAAAGGAAAAUCUGAAGUACCAAACAGAUCUGAGGGAGAGUUAUCACAGGAGAAAGUGAUGAGAACUGAAAAAGAUAAACGUCUAAAGAUGUACAAGCCUGCAAAGACUGAACGCUCAGACAAAACUGGGAAGGUCGAACGUCCUGACAAACCAAACAAGAUAGAGAGAGCAGAUAGAUCACCAAGGUCAGACAGAGCAGAGAAGACAACCAAGCUUGAGAGGCCUGAUAAACCUGUCCGGGCUGAGAGAUCUUCUAAAACUCUUAGGACAGACAGGCCUUCAAAAAUGGAUAAGUCUGAAAGGCCGGAGAAGAUGCCCAAGUUAGAAAGAAUGGAAAAAUCGCCAAAGCUUGAAAAAGUGACCAAGAAUGACAAAGUUGAGAAACCUGUCAGAGCUGAGAAGGUUGAAAAACAUGUAAGAGUAGACAAAGUAGAACCAACACCUCCAAAAGUUACACUGAAACCUAAACAGAAACACACAAAAGUAAAGGCUGAACCACCACCGAAGAAGAGGAAAAAAUGGCUAAAAGAGGUGGCUUCAUCUUCUGAUUCUGACUCUUCCCCUGACCAGCAGAGUGAAGAAGAGCGGGUUCCUGUUGGCCGAGUAUUGAACACAAGAGCCAUGAAGGAGAUGUACAGAAGCUACAUAGAAAUGUUGGUCAGCACGGCGUUAGACCCAGAUAUGAUUCAAGCCUUGGAAGAUACUAGUGAUGAACUUUACCUUCCACCCAUGAGAAAAAUUGAUGGAAUUGUAAAUGAACAUAAGAAGAAGAUUCUGAAGAAGAUCUCUCUGAGCUCAUCUGUUCAGGAGGCGCUUCACACAUUCCCACAGCUGAAUAUUGACCCCGGAGAUUCUACUGUCAGGAUAAAACCAGGAGGAGAGCCCUACAACCGAAAAACACUCAAUAAAUUAAAAAAGAAUGUAGCCAAACCACAGGAAUUUAAGGUGGAUGCUGAGAAGUCACUUUAUUACUCUCUGUACCAUUCCUUGCACCACUACAAGUAUCACACCUUCCUACGUUGCAAGCAAGAGACCAACGCAAUAGAAGAACAGAGUGAUGACUUAGGUCAAGAGGAGGUGGUUCAGCAGUGCAUGAGAAACCAACCGUGGCUUGAAAAGCUCUUCGAUUAUUUCAUUGACCUUCUCACGCAAGCACAAAAUAAGUGCGCGUGACCAAACCCAUGACAGCUAUCUGAGCUGCAGAACAGAAUGAAACCUGUUAAUCAGGGAUUCAAUAGACAAACUGAAAUCAUGUGAGAAAGAGAGACAUGUCAGGCAGAAAAGGCAAAGUGUUUUUUCCUGGACUUCACUUUGUGGCCGUGGUCACCGGCCAAACCACAAGCUAUAAACGGGAGUAGAUGAUGUAAUUUUUGGAGGCUUCAACUCGACUUUCAGGCCUCUGGCUUCUGAAUAGUGACGCUUAGAUGGAGAUGGUCCUCUCUUUCUCUAGACUUCUGUCUUUUUGCUUUUAGUUCUUUACCUUUUUCUCUUGCAGAGAAGGUUUCAUUCAAUGUACGUUGUUUAUUUCUCCUCCAUAGACCAUCACCGUCAUACCGUAAAGAGGAUUUUUGGCUCUGCCUUCGCUCAGAUCCGCUUCCAAUGACUGACAUAUUCUGACAGAAGAUGGCAGGCUGAUAUUUUGGCCCUAAUUAUUAUUUAUUGGGAAGCAUGCGUGUAUGUGUUGUGCGUGUGUAAGAGCCAGAAUCCCUGUUGGCUGGGGUGGUGGGCAAAUUAGAUUUUGGAUUAACAAAACUUUUCAGCAAUGAGGGUAGCUCACCACAAAAAUAUGAGACACUCACUGUUCACUGCCAGUUUUAGUUUGGUCAUGCACUAAAAAUCUAGAAAGUUUUGUUGUUUUUUUUUUUUGUAUACCUGCAUUUUUUUUUUUAACCUAUUGGCUUCGUAUAUCAGUGGUUUUAUUUCAACAUAAGGUUCCACCCAUCUCUGAGACUUUUUAAUUUUAAUUUUAUUUGUUUUUGUGGACAGAAAGUCAUGAGGUAUUUCUAUGGAUUUGGCUAGAGCCGAUCUGGAGGAAAAAUGAUGUGGCACAAACUGAGCAAGCUAUCUUGCCUUAUCGGUGGUGGUUGUAGUAAAAACCUGAGGGGCAUUCCUGCUGUUUUCCUUUAGGAAUAACAAAAACAGGGUAGAAUUACACGUACAGCUAUUCUCUCCAAAGAUGUCGAAUAAAUUGGGACAAACAGUAAUUGUAAGAAAAUGGUACCAUACCUGUGUUCUGCUGUAUUCAUUUAACUUAGGGUCAUAAAGCAAAGCUUCCAAGCCUCUUGCCAACACAUUAGUAAAGCUUUGUUAAUCCAAUAUCAGAAAUUUUUAAUUUAUUCUUUCUUUCCACAGUCAACUGUUAGCUUUACGUUCAGUAUUUUCCAUGUUGCAGGAUUAUUUCUAUAUGUCUUGUUAAUGUCCCUUAACAUAAAGAUGGUGUUAUCUAAAUUUUUAUAGAUUUACUUUAGUUUGAGAGGACGGGUGGAGUGGUUCUUAUGGUGUUAAGCUCCUUUGCUAUUGGAAGUUUGUAAAAAAAAUAAUUUGAAAAAAAUAUUAGGCAUUUUGUAAGUAUUUUAUGUUACAUUUUGCUACUCUUUCCAUGUGGAGAAUAUUCAUAAGCCUUCCAUUAGCAUAGAGGCUAAUAAGUUAUUUUGCCCUCCUCGCUGAGUUGUUGAGGCUAUACAAGCUGCCCUUAAAUUACCACGAUAUCACUCAUAGCAUAAAUCAAGUUUUUGGUUUUAAUAUUUUUUUUUGCUGUAGAUGCUUAGGGUGCAGGGGCCUUCUGCCCCUUAAAUAUAAAAGGGUGAGAAAAACAAACAAAAAAAGCGACAUAUUUUUUUAAAUUCACAAUCCUAACAUUAUUUAAACAUUAUUACAUGGUAAUUGUAUCCCUUUUUUAUCCUUGUGCAUAAACAAUUUAAAAACCAUGUUUUCCAGUAUGUUGGAAUGAUGAAAUGAUGGGGGAGAUGAACUGUUUGCGUGUUUUUAUUUUAUUUUAUGUUUUAAUUUUUUUAAACUUACUGUAAAUAUUGUAUAGGAGAAAAAUCUAUGUACAAUAUUGUAUUUGACUAUAUCUAAUUGAUAAUGAUGAUGUUGCUUAGAUGUGAAGUGUUCAGUUUAACUGAACUUGGAUUAGUAUUUUGCUCAGAAAAAUAAACUUAGAACAGAGAGAAAAAAAAAUAAAAAAUGGGGUAUUCUUAAGCUACAUUGACGUUUUCCACUACUCUUCCCUUAUGUUUUUUUUUUUUUAUAAAGUGGAGGGACGACUAUCUUGAUAUCUAAUUCUAGUAGGGUUUAAUUUCCUCUAACAUACAUCUGCCCGAUUUUACGGUUGUCACCAAAGCUGUUUGUCUUUAAAACCUUGUUACCAGUGUCCUGCUCAUGAAAGAACAUAUGAUAUGGAAAGGGGCGAGGUCUUAUUUUACAGUAAAAUCAGUAACCUUAAGGCUGACAUCACAGUUUUUGUUGUAUUUUUUUUUGUUUAUUACAGUAAUGUUUUACUGUAAUUUAUAAAAUG